AUGGGUUCGCGUUUUCAAGUCGUGGAACAAGGUCCACCUAUUGAAGUUUUCCAACUCAACAAACUUUUUACCGAAGAUUCUUUUAAAAAUAAAGUAAAUCUCGGUGUAGGAGCCUAUAGAGAUGAGAAUGGCAAGCCUUGGGUUUUGCCUGUUGUGCAGAAAAUGGAAAAGCAGAUGGCUGCCGAUGCAACCUUGCUUCAUGAGUACCUGCCAGUUCUUGGCUUAGAACAGUUCAGCAAAGCAUCGGUGUCGAUGCUCCUUGGAGAAGACAACCCUGUGAUAGCCGCUGGACGUGCCUUCGGUGUUCAAACAUUAUCAGGCACAGGGGGCCUACGCGUUGGCGCCGAGUUACUCAACAAACACCUCAAGUAUACGACUUUCUACUACUCUAGUCCUACGUGGGAAAACCACCAUCUUGUAUUCGUCAAUUCCGGUUUCACACAACCCCGUACAUACCGUUACUGGGACGCGAAGAGUCGUGCCAUCGACUUUGCGGGCAUGAUCGAGGACUUGAAGAAUGCGCCAGAGAACUCAGUGAUUAUAUUACACGCAUGUGCCCACAAUCCCACGGGAAUCGAUCCCACUCAGGAGCAAUGGGAGAAGAUCGCGGAUGUUAUGGAGGAGCGCAAGCUGUUCCCGUUCUUCGACAGCGCGUACCAAGGGUUCGCGUCGGGCGACCUCGACCGCGACGCGUGGGCCGUGCGCUACUUCGUGCAGCGCGGCUUCGAGCUCGUCUGCGCUCAGUCCUACGCUAAGAACUUUGGAUUGUACAACGAGCGCGUCGGCAACCUGGCGGUGGUGGUGUCGGACGCGUCGCUCGUGCCGGCGCUGAAGUCGCAGCUGACGUGGAUCGUGCGCGGCAUGUACUCCAACCCGCCGGCGCACGGCGCGCGCGUCGUCGCCAACGUGCUCGCCGACGGGAAGCUGUUCGAUGAGUGGAGAGAUCACAUCAAAAUGAUGUCUUCCAGAGUCAUUCAAAUGAGAGAAGCUUUAAGAGCUGAACUUAUGAAAUUGGGAACCCCUGGCAACUGGGACCACAUUGUGAAGCAAAUUGGUCUCUUCUCAUACACGGGCUUGAACGAAAAACAAUCGGAAUAUCUCAUAAACCAACACCACAUAUACUUACUCCGGUCCGGUAGAAUCAAUAUCUGCGGCCUGAAUCCAAACAACGUGGCGUACGUAGCGAAUGCUAUUCACGACGCAAUCACAAAGUUCCCGGAUAAUGACGAUACACGAGCCAAAUUA